AUGCAGGGCUUUGUGAAGGAUGUCCAUGAAGACUCUGUCACCAUCUUCUUUGAAAACAACUGGCAGAGUGAGAGACAGAUUCCCUUUGGGGACGUCCGGCUACCGCCUCCAGCUGACUAUAAUAAAGAGAUCACAGAAGGGGAUGAGGUUGAGGUUUAUUCUCGAGCCAACGAACAGGAACCUUGCGGCUGGUGGCUGGCCAGGGUGCGGAUGAUGAAGGGAGAUUUCUAUGUCAUCGAAUAUGCUGCCUGUGAUGCCACUUACAAUGAGAUUGUCACCCUGGAGCGGCUCCGGCCAGUCAAUCCCAAUCCUCUUGCAACCAAAGGCAGCUUCUUCAAAGUGACCAUGGCCGUGCCUGAGGAUCUGAGAGAGGCCUGCUCAAAUGAAAACGUCCAUAAAGAGUUCAAGAAAGCGCUGGGAGCGAACUGCAUCUUUCUCAACAUCACAAAUAGUGAGCUCUUCAUUCUGUCAACCACAGAGGCUCCCGUGAAGCGGGCGUCCCUGUUGGGUGAUAUGCAUUUUCGAAGCCUGCGCACCAAACUGCUACUCAUGUCCCGCAACGAAGAAGCUACCAAACACCUAGAGACAAGUAAGCAGCUGGCGGCAGCCUUCCAGGAGGAGUUCACGGUGCGAGAGGACCUGAUGGGACUGGCGAUUGGGACUCAUGGUGCCAACAUCCAGCAGGCCCGAAAAGUACCUGGGGUGACCGCCAUUGAGUUGGGUGAAGAGACCUGCACUUUCCGCAUCUAUGGGGAGACUCCUGAGGCGUGCCGACAGGCCCGAAGCUACCUGGAGUUUUCUGAGGACUCCGUGCAAGUGCCCAGGAACCUUGUUGGCAAAGUGAUUGGGAAGAACGGGAAAGUGAUCCAGGAGAUUGUGGAUAAAUCUGGUGUGGUGAGGGUUCGCGUAGAAGGUGACAAUGACAAGAAGAACCCCAGGGAGGAGGGCAUGGUUCCCUUCAUAUUUGUUGGCACCCGGGAGAAUAUCAGUAAUGCCCAGGCUCUGCUGGAAUAUCAUCUCUCCUACCUUCAGGAGGUGGAGCAGCUUCGCUUGGAGAGGCUGCAGAUUGACGAACAGCUUCGCCAGAUAGGGCUGGGCUUCCGCCCUCCCGGGAGCGGGCGCGGCAGCGGCGGCAGUGACAAGGCUGGCUAUACCACGGAUGAGAGCUCCUCCUCUUCCCUCCACACCACCCGAACCUACGGGGGCAGCUAUGGGGGCCGGGGCCGCGGCCGGAGGACAGGCGGUCCCGCCUACGGCCCCAGCUCAGACCCAUCCACAGCUUCUGAGACGGAGUCCGAGAAGAGGGAGGAGCCCAACAGAGCUGGGCCUGGUGACCGGGACCCCCCAACCCGGGGGGAAGAAAGCCGGAGGCGGCCGAUUGGGGGCCGGGGUAGGGGGCCCCCACCUGCCCCCCGGCCCACCACAAGAUACAACGCUUCGUCUAUUAGCUCAGUGCUGAAAGAUCCAGACAGUAACCCCUACAGCCUACUGGACACGUCUGAACCAGAGCCCCCGGUUGAUUCAGAGCCCGGGGAACCCCCCCCAGCAAGCGCCAGGCGCCGCCGCUCCCGCCGCCGCCGCACAGACGACGACAGGACUGUCAUGGACGGAGGCCUGGAAUCGGACGGGCCCAGCAUGACGGAGAAUGGCCUGGAAGACGAGUCAAGACCCCAGCGUCGGAACCGGAGCCGCCGUCGCCGUAACCGUGGGAACAGGACCGAUGGCUCCAUCAGUGGAGACCGGCAGCCAGUGACUGUGGCUGACUACAUCUCCCGAGCAGAGUCUCAGAGCCGCCAGCGGCCGCCCCUGGAACGCACUAAACCCUCCGAGGACUCUCUUUCAGGACAGAAGGGCGACUCUGUCAGCAAGCUUUCUAAGGGCCCCUCAGAGAACGGGGAGCUCUCCGCCCCCCUGGAGUUGGGUAGUUUGGUGAAUGGGGUUUCAUAA